AUGGAGGCCAGAGUGGACCGUGUUGAGCAGAAAAGGCAAGUCCUAUUUCUCUGUGUAUUGCUGGGAAUGUCUUGGGCUGGCGCGAAACCGCUUCGGUAUUUUGCAGUGGAGGAAACAGACAGAGGCACCUUUCUGGCCAACCUAGCAAAUGACCUGGGGUUGGGCGUGGGGGAACUGUCAGCCCGAGGACCUAGAAUUGUUUCAGACGAGAACAUACGAUUUUUACUGCUCAAUCCGUUUACUGGCGAUUUACUUCUAAAUGAGAAAUUGGAUCGAGAGGAAUUGUGCGGCCCCACAGAGCCCUGUGUGCUGCCUUUCCAGUUGUUAUUGGAAAAGCCUUUUCAGAUUUUCCAUGCUGAACUAUGGGUCAGAGACAUCAACGACCAUUCUCCAGCAUUUCUAGACAGAGAGAUUCCCCUGAAAAUACUAGAAAGUGCCACUCCUGGAGCGGCAUUUCUCCUAGAAAGUGCACAGGAUUCAGAUGUUGGAGCCAACAGCCUGAGUAACUAUACCAUCAGCCCCAAUGCCUAUUUCCAUAUCAAUGUCCAUGACAGCGGGGAGGGGAAUAUCUAUCCCGAGCUGGUACUGGAUCGAAUGCUGGAUCGCGAGGAAAUACCUGAGCUCAGUUUAACUCUCACGGCCUUGGAUGGCGGCUCUCCGCCCAGAUCCGGGACCGCCCUGGUACGCAUCCUGGUCGUAGACAUAAAUGACAAUGCCCCUGAAUUUCUGCAGUCGCUCUACAAGGUGCAGGUGCCCGAGAACAGCCCCGUUGGCUCCCUGGUUGUCGCCGUGUCAGCUAGAGAUUCAGAUAUCGGAAGUAAUGGGGAAAUAGUCUAUGCAAUUUUUUAUGCCACUGAAAGAAUUCUCAAAACGUUUCAAAUCAACUCAACAUCCGGCAAUCUUCAUCUAAAAGACGAAUUGAACUAUGAGGCAAUUCAAACUUACACAUUGACUAUUCAGGCCAAAGACGGCGGAGGGCUUUCUGGAAAAUGUACAGUAGUGGUUGAGGUAACAGAUAUAAAUGAUAAUACACCAGAGCUGCUCCUGUCAUCACUUACUAGCCCAAUUGCAGAAAACUCUCCAGAGACAGUCGUUGCUGUAUUUAGGAUCAGAGACAGAGAUUCAGGGAAUAAUGGAAAGAUGAUAUGCUCCAUCCAAGACGACCUCCCCUUCGUCCUGAAGCCAUCUGUAGACAAUUUCUAUACACUAACAACAGAUAAACCGUUGGAUCGAGAGGAACACAUGCUGCCCACCCAUGACCCGCAGCUGGCCCUCGCCUCCCUGGUGUCCAUCAACGCGGACAGCGGACACCUGUUCGCCCUGCGCUCGCUGGACUACGAGGCCCUGCGGGCGUUCGAGUUCCGCGUGGGCGCGGCAGACAGAGGCUCCCCCGCGCUGAGCAGCGACGCGCUGGUGCGCGUGGUGCUGCUGGACGACAACGACAACGCGCCCUUCGUGCUGUACCCGCUGCAGAACGGCUCUGCGCCCUGCACCGAGCUGCUGCCCAGGCAGGCCGAGGCGGGCUACCUGGUGACCAAGGUGGUGGCGGUGGACGGCGACUCGGGCCAGAACGCCUGGCUGUCGUACCAGCUGCUCAAGGCCACGGAGCCCGGGCUGUUCGGCGUGUGGGCGCACAACGGCGAGGUGCGCACGGCCCGGCUGCUGAGCGAGCGCGACGCGGCCAGGCACAGACUGCUGGUGCUGGUCAAGGACAAUGGCGAGCCGCCGCUGUCGGCCACCGUCACGCUGCACGUGCUGCUGGUGGACGGCUUCUCGCAGCCCUACCUGCCGCUGCCGGAAGCGGCGCCGGAGCAGGCGCAGGCCGACUCGCUCACCGUCUACUUGGUCAUCGCGUUGGCCUCGGUCACCUCGCUCUUCCUGUCCUCGGUGCUCCUGUUGGUCGCGGUGCGGCUGUGCAGGAGGCGCGGGGCGGCGUCGGAGGGCCGCUGCUCGGUGCCUGGGGGCCGCUUUCCGGGCCACCUGAUGGACGUCAGCGGUACGGGGACCCUGUCCCAGAGCUACCAGUAUGAGGUGUGUCUGAUGGGAGGCUCAGGGACAAAUGAGUUCAAGUUCCUGAAGCCGGUUAUCCCCAGCCUCCUACCCCACAGCACAGUAAGGGAAGUGGAAGAAAAUCCUUCAUUUAAGAAUAAUUUGAGCUUCUGAUAAUUAAUGAAAAAUAAAAUCUCGAAUCCGUGAGUAUAUUCCUAAUUGGAAAAUUAUCCUGAGAUAUCUGUUGAGGAGUGUUUUACAU